UUAAUAGGGUUAUGAAAAUAUUAUAUAUGCAAAUUCAAAGUUAUUUAAUUUAUUUAUAAACAAUGGGGAAAGGUGUGGUUAGAAGGUUAUAUAUAGGUGGGUGAGCUUUGGUAAGCUUUUGAUAUAUCUUGCAAGAGCUUUUCCAUCCUCAAUACCUUUAUUCUUCGCAUCUCUCUUCCCUCUCUCUACUCUCUAUUAUAUAUACAAUCAAACAUAUUUAUACGCAAUAGUAUUUAAUGGGGAGGCAGCCAUGCUGUGACAAGUUAGAGGUGAAGAAAGGACCAUGGACAGCGGAGGAAGACAAGAAGCUCAUAAACUUCAUUCUCACCAACGGCCAUUGUUGCUGGCGUGCUUUGCCAAAGCUGGCCGGUCUCCGCCGCUGUGGGAAAAGCUGCCGCCUCCGGUGGACCAACUACCUCCGGCCUGACUUGAAGAGAGGCCUUCUCUCUCACGAUGAGGAACAACUUGUCAUCGAUCUUCAUGCUCAUCUCGGCAACAAGUGGUCUAAGAUAGCUUCAAGGUUACCCGGAAGAACAGAUAACGAAACAAAAAACCAUUGGAAUACUCACAUAAAGAAAAAACUUGUUAAGAUGGGAAUCGAUCCUGUGACUCAUCAACCUCUCAACCAAGAAACUAAUAACACUGAUAAUCCCAAAAAUAGUUCUUCAACUUCAGAUGAUAUCUCAAUGGAACCAAAGAGCAGCAGCACCAAAAACGAAGAGACUAAUAGCACGACUACAGAAGACGAAAGCAGCAGCACUGCUACUGGUCAAAACAGUUCUAUUAACAUUGAAAAUCAACUACUUAAUAACAAUAAUAAUGAUGAAGAAUUGUUUAGUUACUUAUGGUCGGACGACAGUGCUAAAGCUGAUGCUUCGAGGAGUUGUUGUGAUUAUUAUGGUCUUGGUGGAACAUUAUAUUAUGAAGAUAAUAUUUCCUGCGCCGGAGCAGACUUUCCGAUUUGGUCAUCGGAAAGAGUCAGCGGCAAGGAUUAUAUGUUUCUGGAUUACUGCCAAGACUUUGGUGUUCAUGAUUUUGGGUUUUGACUCUUCACCAUGACAUUGAAACUCCAACGGAUGAGACACAACUCACAAGGAUUAUAUUUAUUAAUCAUGUUUAUAUAAAUAUAUGUAAAGUAUACGUAUUAUACACAGUGGCGGACGUAGGUAUAUAGCAACGGGGUCACGUGCCCCCGAUUCAUUUUUUGUUUUCUUUAACCAAUUAUAUGAAAAUGUUUUCUUGUUAA